AUGUCGCCAUGUAAAACGCAAGAUGGGUCUUUGCUCAUUGACCUGACAAAGUCAUGCGCCAGGAAUCGCCUUGCAAAGCUCGAGCAAGCUCUGCGAAACAAAGAUGAGCUUGCAGAAAAUCUGCAUGUCAUAGAUUUCGAGCAGCUGAAAAUUGAAAACCAGCAGCUCAACGAGAAGAUAGAGGAAAGGAACGAGGAGCUCCAUAAGUUGCGCAAGAAGACCGUCGUAACCGUGCAGAUUAUUACGCACAUGCGGGAGAAGGUCCAGUUUGUGCAAAAGGAGUACCAGAUUCUUAAGGAGGAGCUCGCGCAGUUGGAUCAAGAUCUUGGGGCGCAGCGGGACUUGGUCACGAAGACCAAGCAUGAGCGCGAUGAACACAGGCAAGAGUAUGCCUCGCUGAAGCAGCAGACCGGCAUAAUGAACUCUGAGCACUUGACGAAGGAUUUCAAGGACCGUGCUGACCGCAUCAAGGAGCUCAAGGAGCAGAUCACGCAGCUCAAGAAGCGACACAGCCAGAUGUCCCAGUUCAUCAAGGCGCAUGGCGGCAAGAUCUGA